AUGAAAUUCAAUGAAUUAACGAUGAAAAUACUGGAAGUGAUAGAGUGGCCUAAUACUGAUCAAAAUUGUACAUCGUUAUCAGAUCAGCCAUCGGCGUAUUACUUUAUUAAAAAUGUACAGGGCACUCAAUUCAUUCUCAUACUAUGUGCAACAAUUUUUACCUUUAUUGUAUUACUCUUGGCAGUUGUUCAUUGGUUUCAUGUAUGGAUGUAUGUUGCUGAAGAGAAACGACAAAAUAAACUUUAUUUCUUACUAUCAUUAUUUCCGGUAUCAACAAUGUGCUGCUAUAUCGGCAUGAUAUCGCCACGUACAUCAAUGGUGAUGUCCUCACUUGGCGUUCUCUAUUUCCUCACAUGCCUAUUUAUACUUAUUUCACUGAUAAGGCAUUUAUUCGGUAGUCGUGAUACAUUCGCAGCUGUACUUCUCUUAGACGAGAAACCAAUUGAUUUCCAAAGUCCGCCAUUUUGCUGUUGUUGUUCAUUUCUACCAAAAGCAAAAAGUACCGUGCGAAAUUUGCGUCAACUGGAAUGGUUGGUCUUACAGGCUCCAGUAGUUCGUGCAGUGAUCGUUACGUUUAAUGUGAUCGCGAUUGCAGAGUUGCGUGAAGCUGCCAAUAAAUACAUACACUUCAGUGAAAUGAUUUCUCUUGCUUCCUUACUACUUGCUAUUUUUGGUGUUCAUACGUUAGCUCGUCUAACUUCCGAUAAACUUGGUGAUUAUGGGUUUAUGACAAUAUUUCGAGUUGUCGAUAUUGCACUUCUUUUUUUCACCGCUCAACAGCCAAUGAUAUUUGAGAAUAUUUUGAUCCGAUUUAAUAUUUUUAAAUGUGGUCCAUUACUAUCUGCGCAUGAUAAUGCUCGAUUUAUGUGUAAUUUUGUGAUUAUCGUGGAAAUGUUACUAUUAUCAUUAUUUACAUCCUUUAUGGUUGCACCUUCACGAAGUGCCCUGUUUGAUUUGUAUGGUCCAAAGGGAAGAAAUGAUAUGCAAGCCAGAUUAACUCAAGAAAGUUUUUUGAGCAAUCAUGAAACCGAAAUUAAUGUAUCAACUUGA